AUGUUGGCCUCCUCCCCCUCGCCUUCCACAGCCGCGCUGCGAUCACCUCGCCCGCAGACGGGCCACUAUGAUCCCCCGGCUCCACACUUCAAUAGUCCUCGCUCCUCGCGCUUGGCCAUUGAGGAGUUGCGCACCGCCCUGAACCGGCAUACCGUCGAUCCCUCCUCUCCUGAAUCCCCAGCAGACCGUCGCAGGCGCGCCUCUACGUCUUUCGCCGUCUCUGCGUCUGCGUCUGCGCCUACCGCUGCCUCUGCCGCCGCCAAUAGCUCCUGCUCUUCUUCCCUUGCCCCCUCCGCUCCUGUGACUGCCUCCUCCGGUCCUUCAGCCACUCCUUCCACGGUCGCUGUCCCCGCGCCAGGCGCGCCCGCAACUCACCCUGCCUCUGCCGCCGUAUCAACAUCCUCGAUGCCCGCCCCAGACAGUUCGGGGUCCAACAAGCGUAACAGCCAGAGUGACCACCACCCGCCAGAGCGCGCUCCGGCGAGCGCCGGUGCGGACCAGCAGGCGUCGCAAUCCAAGCGUCUGCGCUCCUCCCGGCCCGAGGUCAAGGUCUUGCCCGCGCAGUACGAAAUGGCCGAUCCGCGUGACCUGGUGGUGUUGAUCUCGAGCAUGCUGAUGGAGCUGAUUCGAUUCAAUGACAAGAUCCCUCUCCAUCAGGGCCGGCUAACGCGCUUCCACUCCCGAUCCCCGCCCCGGAUAUCCGUGCAAGAUUACCUGCAGCGUCUCACCACCCACGCCACCCUCUCCCCUCCCAUCCUGCUCGCUAUGGUUUUCUACAUCGACCGUCUCUGCGCAUUCUAUCCUUCCUUUACCGUCUCCAGUUUGACCAUCCACCGUUUUUUGAUCGCCAGCGCCACUGUGGCCAGCAAAGGGCUCAGCGACAGCUUCUGGACCAAUAAGACAUAUUCCCGUGUCGGCGGUAUUAGCAUGACCGAGUUGGCCAUGCUAGAGUUGGAGUUCUUGUUCCGAGUCCAAUGGCGUAUCGUUCCACAGCCAGAGGUCCUGGUGGAUUACUACCAGAGUCUCGUCGAGCGAUGCGAUGGCUUCGAGAUUGAGCGCCCCAGCUCCAAGACUGUCUCAAUGGCGAAAUCCACUACCAAUAACCCUUCUGCAUGA